AAGGCCACAAAAUGUUGUACGUAUUCCAUGUCGAUGUCGGCCGCAUGCUAAAUUUUGAUAUGACAGUUGCACUGUCAUCUGUUGAAAAUCUCAAAGACACCAUCGAACGCCUACAUGGCAUACCGGCAGCGAACAUAGUCCUGCUGGUGAGUGGCGGUGAAAUGUUAACACAUUCCACACAGGUCUCAUAUUACUCAGCCGGCACCGACACCAACCCCAUAUAUAUGUUUCUGACGGGCGAUGUUCGCCUGCCACCCGUUAUGCCUCCUGUGGAAGCCGACUUGGAUUUGCGCGAACAAGUCGAACGUAGUCUCGAACUGCCGGCCGUCUAUGAUACGGUGGUGAAGAGGGCACAAAUAGCACUGCGUAUGCAUGAUUUGGCCCGCGACGAGGAACGUCUGUGCGAACGUUUGGUGCACGAUCAACAUUUACAACAGCAGGGCUGGUCGGCGGUGGUGGCCAAUUUGGAGGACUUAACCGAAGAGUUUCGUCAACGUUUUCGCAACUUCUGUGAUGCUUUUGACAAGCAUUUAGAAAAGAGAUCUUCAUAUUUGGAAUUGUUGAGAAAUUUUGCCGACGAUUUAACCAAGCUGUCGCGUAUUCCAAUUCUGCCGGGUCUAAUGCCGUUGGCCGAGGCAGAUUUUCAUGGUUUCGAUGAAUUUCUGGAGAAUGAUGAUGUCUUUUCGCGUUCCACAAAUGCCCAGGAGUCGGUAUUAAUGGUGGGUGGUGCUAAUGCCUAUAGCGAGGAUGAAAAGAAAUCGGAGGGUGCAGCGGCGGAAGGCAGCAGUGCAGUUGGUGAAAAUCCCCCCGACGACAAAUCAACCUCCUCCACAUCAACUUCACCGAAUAAAAAACUGAAAAUGGGUACCGACUCGAAUGAGGAACGUAUCUCACAGACCUCACAAACCUCAACCUCAUCACAAGCUCGCCGUUUAAAUCUGCUGCAAUGGAUCACCUCCAAGGAAAAUCGCAAUGCGCUACGCACCAUGGCCGAAGAGUGUGCCCAAGGCCUGAAUACCUUCAACGAAGAAAUUUAUGACAAACUGAAAAUCGAAGUUCAAAACAUUAUCAAGCUGGCGGAACAGAAUGAGGUCAAGGAAAUCAAAGGUCUCGGCGAACGCCUAUGCAAAUUGGAGGAGUUUAAAUACAAAAUAAAGAGCAUGGUCAAGGAUCAGCGUGAAUUAUCCACGGCCUUCCAACAGAAUCAAAAUAGAGCCAUCAAUCUCCGCGAUGCCUCCAUUCUGCCCGAUCUAUGUGCCUCGCAUCAAUCUCAGUUAUUGGUUAUGCUGCAAAAUCAUCAAAAAAUACGCGAUCAUCGUAGAUGUAUUUCCAAGGCCAAGGAGGAGUUGGGCUCGAACCUCUAUGCCCGCCUUAAACGCAUUGUCUUCAUUGAGAAUGCCAUGAGUGAGUUCGACAAUCGGCUGCUGUUUUAUUUACGCUGCUUGCGCCGGGCCGAGCGGCACAUUCACAUCAUCGACCAGAUACAUCAGGCGCCCAAUAUGUAUGUGGCCGCCGUAACGGAGGUAAUGCGUCGCAAAAUAUUCUCCUCGGAAUUUCGCCUUUGGGCCUCCAAACUGGCCGAAGACUUCGAUGGCAUACACAGUGAAGAGAUGAAAAGGCGGCAACAAUUCAAUAUGAACUUUGAGGGUCACUUCUUGAACAUAUUAUUUCCCGGUAUGACCGAUAUGCCACCGGCAUUUGCCAAUGAAUAUCCGCUGGUGUUUGAUGCCCGUCUGCCGAAUAUCACCAAGUCGGAUAUUGAUGUGCUUACCACCCAUCUACCCGAAAUGGCCUCGCAGAUACAAUUACCCGAUAUGGAACCUGUGAUAUAUUUUUUUGUUUCUCGUUCGGGUAUGCAUCAGCGACAACGAUUUGAAGAAUUGCUCAAGAAGAGGGAAAAGGCCGAAAUGCAGGAAUGUUUGAAACAAGUGCAGGCCGAAAUGGCCGACGAUUGCGUUAAAGCUAUGCAGACCAGUGGGAAAAUGCUACUAAAUCCAAGGGUAAAUGAGCUGCGCAAAGACACCCCUGGAGGUGGUGCUGGUGGUGGCGAAGAGUCCGAGACAGAUACCGAAACGGAAUUUGAACAGGUGGUGGCCGUACAACAAUCGGUGGCCACUUCAAUGUCGGACAGUCCCUUCCUGUUGCAGGGCCUCACUAAAAGUACAGCAACCGAAAAUGUCAUCAUGCAAAGUGCCGAAACUCUAACCGAGGAAACAGCCGAUACGCUCAAAGCAGAAGUGACUCGAAUGCGGGCAAUGUUGGGAGCUAUGUCCAAAUUGGCUUUGGAUUGUAUCCAAUUGGCUCGAAGCAAUCUGCAAACGUUCCGCGAAGAGGCCACAACCCAAAAGGAAGACCUGCAGUCGGAAUUACAAAAUCUCAAUGAUAAAUGGAAUGUGAUACGCAUGCAAUGUGAAGCCAGGGAGCAGGAUGCUCGCUGCCAAGAGGAACAACGAGAACGAGACAUUCUUCUGCUCCGGGAAGAGUUGAAGAAGCGUGAAACGCAGCUACAAGAAGAAAGGGAGCGGAACAAUGAAAUGGCCACAAUGCAAAUAAAAUGUGCCACAUUGGAGGCACAACUGGAAGAGCUAAGGGAGAAACUGAAAUCCGUGGAUGCCGAAAGGGAGCAGGCCGUCUCGGAGGCAUGUGAAAAACUCAUCCACGCCCACAAAACCGAAUUGGAGUCACUGCGACAACGUUUCAAGCUAAUGACUUCAAUGGAACGUUCUCCGUCGGAUUUAAGCCUGGAGGUACCCAGCAGUGAACGUAGUUUGGAAAAUUACAUCGACAAGACGCAGCAUGAACAACAAAUGAAACAGCUGCGCCAAGAACUCGAAGCGGAAAAAGAGAAGGCCAUAACGGCCGCCAUUGAAAUGGAACGUUCCAUAUGGCAAUCGAAAAUAUUCCCCCUUAAUUCAGAAUCUGUGAUGGCCAAUGUUAGUAUCCUUAAGCAAAUGAUCGAAGAGAAGGAACGCCAGCUGGAACAGUUGCGCGAAAAGGAUCUAAUGUUGACAAAGGAAAAUUUCCAAUUGAAAACACGCCUGGAUGCGUUAACCAACGAGGAGGGCAACAGUUGGCUAAAGGAGAAAAUCGAUUAUUUGCAUCGGGACAAGUGUCGCCUGGAGGAGGAGCUAAAUCAAGAGAAAUCGAAACGUCUGGAAAUGGAGACAUCUGUUGCAGCUCUUAAGGGUUCCACUUAUGAACAAUCGACCCUGCCACGUUCAAAAUCCGAUGGUUCUAGUCAGAAAUUCAUUGUUUUGGAAUCUUGUGCCAAAGGUGAUUUGGUCUUUGUUGUGUGGAGCAUGCGCCAUGGCCAAUUUAUGGUUGUCCAAGAUACGCCCAGUCUAUAUUUUGUACAUGGCGACAGUUUAGCUGCAUUAAAUUUACGUUUACCCCCAGCGGGUGAUGAUUCUAGCAUACCAAUGCCUUAUUAUGCCAUCGGACGUGUCGUGGAAAAGGAAUAUUGUCUGGCUAAAAAGGAUGAAAAUCGUUAUCGUGUUAAUAGAGGCUCUAAAUUUUAUCGUAUUAAAUUGGUACCGAUGGUUUCCAGACAGUCGGUUAGACGUGAACGUUUAGAAUCAGCAACAUUAUUACCCCCAUUGGCAACAUCACCCAUUACCGUUAUAACAACAACAGCCAGCGGCUCUGGUCAAGCGGCCUCAAGUAAUACCGCACCCCAUAUGUUAACCUUUAAAGAGCGUACAAUGAGCAUUACUAGCGUUACCGAAGAGGACGAUGAACCGGUGUCGUUGUUAAGUGAACGAUGCCGUUACAUUAGCGUUAGUGAGGAAGAUGAAAAUGCCAUUGCCGAUAUGAUGGCGAUGGAGACAAUGGUUACAUCAGCGGGAGCAACAGCGGCGGUAACAUCUUCUGCCACCAACACAACAUCUUCAAUGUCCAUGUCACUAACGGCCUCAUCAUCAUCGACGUCAGCGCCAAUGGCGGCGGCAACAAAUUUACAAACAACUGUGAUAACAGAGCAGCCAACAGCAACAGCUAGCAAAUUGGAAUUAGAUUUAAUGUUGGCCUCUGCCGAUAUAAACACAACAUUAACAGAUACAAUAACCACCACCACGACAACAACAACAGCAACACAUGAUAAUAAUGAAAAUAUUAAAACAACAACAGCAACACCAGAAACGAAUUCGACAAUUAGCGACAUGCCUCCUCCUCAUAACUCUGCAUUAAGUUCAACAACAGCUGCAGCUGGUGGCAUUGGUGAUAAGGAUGCUGAUGGAGCUGCUGUAGCUGACUCUGCAACACCACAAAUUGUGGUGGCACCAUCCACAGCAUCUACAUCGUCAUUAUCAUCAACGACAGCAGCAGGCACAACAGCCUCAGCUAUAUUCAUAACUCCUUCAUCAAAUGUCGAAAUGGCUGACAAAAGCUCACCUUCCAUACCAACAUCGAUUGGUACCACAACAAGUGAGGAUUCAGAUGAAUAUCGGUCAUUGGAACCCAAAGACGAUACGGAUUUUCCGAUAUCCGAAUAGUGUUGAAAUUUAUUAUUUCAAUGCUAUUGUAUGCUGCUAAUGAUAUUACAAGUACAACAACAGCUGAUUAUAAUGCUACAACAUAGUAGUUG